AUGGCGGCCACCAUAGACAGCAAUUCCGUGCAGGCGGCCAAGAAAAAGCACCUCGGUAUCCCCGAAGCGGUCUUUGUGGAGGACGUGGACUCGUUCAUGAAGCUGCCCGGCAAUGAGAAAGCGGACUCGGCUCUGAGGAAGCUGGACGAGCAAUACCAGAAGUACAAAUACAUGGAAGUCAACCUGUUGCAGAAGAAGCUCAGGUUGAGGAACCAGAUCCCGCAGAUUAAACAGACGCUGGAAAUCCUGCGACACAUGCAGAAGAAGAAAGAUACCACAGAACCGAUGGAGACGCACUUCAUGUUGGCCGAUAACGUUUACUGCAAGGCUUCAGUCCCGCCCACUGACAAAGUUUGUCUCUGGCUCGGCGCGAACGUCAUGUUGGAGUACGACAUCGACGACGCCCGGGCCCUGCUGGAAAAGAACCUGGGCACCGCCGCGCGGAACCUGGAGACGCUAGAGGAGGAUCUGGAUUUCUUACGAGACCAGUUCACCACCACCGAAGUCAAUAUGGCACGGGUCUACAACUGGGACGUGAAGAGAAGGAGCAGAGAGAACCUCCUCAAAUCAGAAGACAAGUCUUAA